GGGAAAGAAAAAGAAAUGCUGUCGCCAGAGGAUGGAGAGGGCUCCGACAAGAGCCGGGGACUCCUCAAGGUGCCGUCGCGAGCGUCAUCGCAGCAGAGGAACCAAUCUUCGACGACCACGACUGGGUUAAGCGGGGCCACGAUCAACGAUCCACGCAGCAGCAUGGGCAACAGAUCCAGAGAAUCAAAGGGCAGCUUUUUGGAUAGACAGCGAAACGGAAGCUCCAGCGGCGAUGCUGAGGCUGCUCGCACGACCGAGAUUUCGCAGCCCAGCUCUCCUUCGGCAAGCGAGCAGAAACGGAAGAGGAAGAAGAGCAGUGGAUUCUUGGCAUUGCUGGGAUGUUGUGGCGUGCCUGAUUCGGCCAAUACCGUGGACCCUACCCAGGGGAUUCACAAGCUGGAUAGAAUACCUCAAAGACCAUUGACGGCCAAGUCAAGAACACAGACGCCCCACGAUCAGACCCCGACCAAACAAAGCAACGAAAAGCCACCCGUGCCCACAAGCGCCGUCCUGCAGGGCAAGGAUGAUGCCGUCUCGUCGAGCAGCACUCAGGAACAGACCAAGAUGCAGGAGCCGACAGACCAAGAGACAAAGCACCUUGGCCCAACCCUUACAGUCGAUCCUCCGACCCCUCUUCCUGAACCGAACGAAGAAGUUCGAGAGAUAGAAGAGGUUGAGGAAGAUGCGGAAAUGCAAGAUGUGCCGGUAGUAGAGGAAACCCCAGAGGUGCAGUCAGAGGUGGCACAGCAGGAAGCUCAUGACACCGCGAUGCCCCCUCCCCCGCCUGGUCCUGGUCCGAGCCCUCUGGUGACCUCAGCACUCAUUUUGACACAAGAAGGACCCUCAGCACCAGAACCUCAAAAGUGGCUAUUGCCCCCUAUUGCCCCCGAGCACAAAGGAAGAAAAUGCCUUGUUUUGGAUCUGGAUGAGACCUUGGUCCACAGUUCAUUUAAGAUCCUUCAUCAAGCCGACUUCACGAUACCAGUUGAAAUUGAAGGCAAUUAUCAUAAUGUGUAUGUCAUCAAGCGUCCUGGUGUAGACGAGUUCAUGAAGAGAGUUGGAGAACUUUACGAAGUAGUAGUCUUUACGGCAUCAGUUUCAAAGUAUGGCGAUCCUCUCCUAGAUCAAUUAGAUAUACACGGCGUUGUUCAUCAUCGUCUGUUCCGCGAGAGCUGUUACAACCACCAAGGAAAUUACGUCAAAGAUCUCUCACAAGUUGGUCGAGAUUUGAAGGAUACAAUCAUCAUCGACAACUCACCUACCUCAUACAUUUUCCACCCCCAGCAUGCUGUUCCCAUCAGCAGCUGGUUUUCUGACGCGCAUGACAACGAGCUGCUAGACCUUAUACCCGUUCUUGAGGACCUCGCUGGCCCCGGUGUUUCGGAUGUCAGCCUGGUUCUCGAUGUCACUCUCUGA